AUGUGGCGUGCGAUCCUCAAGGUUGUCCCGCUACCGCUGCAGGUGGCGUCUCAGUGCCAGCUGACGGUGAUGAAAAUGAUCCUAAAGAUGUGCGUGCGGUUUCCCCUGAGUCUUGUCUACAUCGAUUGGUACUCCAGCCUCAUGAAUGCCCCGAGCAGGAUGUGCCCCGUGAAUUUCACGUUUGUGCUCAUGCUCCUCAUGCCCCUGAUGCCGGAGGUUCUGCUGCUGCUGCCAGGGACGCCCGUGGUGGCGCUGCGCGUGCUCUUUGAACGUUCGUCCUGGGCAUGUGGUUGGGCACCGUCAUGUAGGUUCGUCUCGACGGCGCACGCGCUCGGUGAGUGGGUGGUGCCGAUCGUUCACCACAGUCGCUGCUCGGGUUCCUCCCUGGAGGCUUACACGAAGUGCCUCGAGCCUACCACCUCCUACUGCAUCGCUUUCUGCGGCGGCCGCUAG